AUGUAUCGUCCACUUGGCCUGGGCUCGAGUCACACCUCCAACCAGUCUCUUUUUGCCGGCACCGGGAAUCCCUUUAGAUUCUGGGCUAACCAAGUGAACAGCAGUGCGAAACAUGAGAAUCGAGAUGAUUUCCAGGACCAAAUUGGUUCAAAUUCACCCACGCCUUCGGGCGUGGAAACACCCAGACCCGACUUCCACGACAAGCGACUACCAGGUAUAAAUCACAGCUAUUUUGGCCAGGUGGGUAGAGAUCCUUCUCAAGACGUGCCAUCGCGGUCAUCUCCAGCUGCCACGACCUCUGAAGGACCAAGUGAUCAAGCUGCACAUCUGGCUGGACAAGACAAAGCAUGGGGGGAGGAGCGUCGCACAUCUUCUGCCUCUAUCGGUUCCAUGGUGAUGGUGGAACGGGCUCAAGAACCCGUACCUACACCACCUCCCGAUGAGCCUGCCCAUUCAGAGGCCACAAAGCCUGCCGCAGAGACUGAGAGUUCUCGGCUACCGCCAACUCCAAUCUCGUCCGCCGCCUCGGUGGUGCACCGAGAUGGCGAGGCCGCAGAGAACGGCGGGUCCAUGAUCGAGGGCGGCAUAGCUUCCAUCACGCAGGCACUGAGGAAUUUCGUUCUUCCGAAAACUGCCUUCGGGAUGAAAGAACGCCGCCAUCAGUCACUGCCUGUUUCUAGCGUUACCAAAAGCAAUGUCUCUGCGGCUCACAUUUCUAACCCUACCUCAUCUACACAUUCUUCGCGGCCACAGACCCCCAGAUCUUCAUCUCCAAGUCAUGCUAAACCACCGCCGUCUGAAAUUUUGCCAGAGUCAAGCAAGCUAACUUCCGACGCGGCCGUCGUGCCGCGUGAUAAGAGUACCCCACCUCAAACUCCUCGAGCCUUGUCCCAAGAAGACCGCCGCGUCGAGAAGCGCUCACCACUCUCCAGUACCAGCACCGCUGCCGGUGAUGCCGGUGUGGGAACCGAGAAACAAGAAGACCAAGACAACAUACCGCAGAAGGACAUUCCCAGCAGUACGCCGAGGGGCAAGUUGUCCAUCAAGAUUGCCGAGGGACGGAAUUUGAAGCCCUCCUUUGAUCCAUAUGUGGUGUGUCAGUUUGAAUGGAACGAAUACGUGUCCAGGGGCCCGCGUCACGACAAAAUGGAUGUCGAUGAUGAUGAGCGGAAAGGGCCGGUGGCCGCCUUACAAUCCAUUCCGAUCAAGAGAACAGACAGCGACAUGGGGAAGCCAAUGGCGAUCCCUAUGAGAAGUCGGCAGAGUAGUACAAAUGGUAAUGGUGACGACCGCCAGAUGGAGAAAGUUACUGAUCCUCAAUGGGACCACGAGGCAACAUUUGACGUGGUUAGCAAGGAGUCUGAGCUGGAUGUGACCGUCUACGAUCGCCAGACUGAAGAGUUCUUGGGCCAUGUCCGAUUAUGCUUGAACUUGACAGAACAGCAUCCUACCUUGGAAGGAUUUUUCCGAUUGGAGCCGCGCAGCCCAGAGGACCACGACAUCACCGGCGAGAUUCACAUCAGAAUGCAGUUCUCUAAGGUCGAAAAGAAGCACUUCGGACCCAACGACUUCCAAAUCCUGAAAUUGAUCGGUAAGGGGACGUUCGGCCAGGUUUAUCAGGUCCGCAAAAAGGACACGCAGCGUAUCUAUGCCAUGAAAGUCCUCUCCAAGAAGGUGAUUAUCCAGAAGAAGGAAAUCCAACACACCAUCGGAGAACGGAACAUUUUGGUCCGUACGGCUACCACCGAAUCACCCUUUAUUGUGGGUCUCAAGUUCUCGUUUCAGACGCCUACUGAUCUGUACCUGGUCACGGAUUUCAUGUCAGGAGGUGAAUUGUUUUGGCAUUUGCAAAAGGAGGGCCGCUUCAAGGAAGACCGGGCCAAAUUUUACAUUGCUGAACUCAUUCUGGCUCUCAAACACCUGCAUGACCAUAACAUUGUCUAUCGGGACCUGAAACCGGAAAACAUCCUCUUGGAUGCCAACGGCCAUAUUGCAUUGUGUGACUUUGGGUUGUCCAAGGCGAACCUGACCCAGGACGACACCACCAACACCUUUUGCGGAACCACCGAGUACCUUGCUCCCGAGGUCUUACUCGACGAACAAGGGUAUACCAAAAUGGUCGACUUUUGGUCCUUGGGGGUUUUGGUGUUUGAGAUGUGCUGUGGCUGGAGUCCCUUCUAUGCGGAAGACACCCAGCAAAUGUACAAAAACAUUGCGUUUGGCAAGGUGCGGUUCCCACGGGACGCCUUGAGCACGGAAGGGCGCAACUUUGUCAAGGGGUUGCUCAAUCGAAACCCCAAGCAUCGACUUGGAGCUCAUGGAGACGCCGAAGAGUUGAUGCGCCAUCCAUUCUUUGCCGACGUUGAUUGGGAAGCUCUCGGCAAGAAGAACAUCCCUCCACCAUUCAAACCAAAAUUGUCCUCUGUCGCUGACACUUCCAACUUUGAUCCCGAGUUCACCAAUGCUCUCAAUACGUCCUCUUCCCUGAACGCUCGAGCAGCAGCCUUGGCAGCAGGGGCUGCUCCUGCAUCUACUCCUUUGUCGCCAACCAUGCAGAAUGCGUUCCAAGGUUUUACGUUUGUGGACGAAAGUACCAUGGAGGAGAAGUUUGGCGGUACCCAGGAACCCGAGGACGAGAAGAUGGACGAAAAGGAGGAGGAAAAGGACGACAACUCUUUAUCACGAUCAAGGACUCAAGAACAUCGGAUGAGUGGCGUGCAGCGGACGGGUGAAGACGGCUUCUUCUUCGAGGAAUGA